AUGUCAUCGGAUCGUUUCAAACGUAAGGAAGUUAAAACUUUAAAACAACGAUGGAUAAUGAAGCAUAAAGAUCGUGCGGAUGAUAUACCAGAUUGUCCAUCUAUUGAGAGUAUUGUCAACAUGCCAACAGCUAGUGAAAUUCCGUCGUCCGAAAAGACUGCAGUUAGUAAUACUGUAACUGAAUCGCCAGCAUCAAGUGCUAAAUUACCGGAUAAUACAACACAACCGCAAACAACAAGCACUGGACAAGAAAACUCAACAAAAUCGACGGGUCAUGAAACAUCCAUAAUACCUGAACAACGAGAGCGACGACGAUCUCGAAAAAGUAGCAGGCGUCAUAGAAGAAAUAUGACCAUAUCCAAUUCAAGUAGCGAAUUUGCUAUCCAAGGUACAGCAUCCGAAAGACGUGAUGAUAUCCCGAUGUGUCCAGAUAUCGAGAAUAUCUGUGAAAUUGAUCAAAGCGAGAUGGAUGAUGAUAUGUCUGUUCAUCGAUUUUCUCAUGCAUUCUAUCAAUUACUUGAUGAUUCCCUCCUUCUCCUAACCAAAUUCGCACAAUUCUUGAAGGAUCAUCCUCGUCCUGCAACAAUAACAGGUUUCAUUGUUGCCAGUUAUUUAAUCAUUAGUUACUUGGAGCUCUCCAUUGCGGCAUUUAUUGAAUUAAUUGCUCAAGCAAUUUGGCCAAUAUCACAUGCUAUACUUCUCUUCAUCGAACGUCUUUCCAUAAAUUUUGGCUCAUUCAUGCAUUCUUCCGAUGAUAUUAUCAGGGGCGCAUACUGCGAUGUGGCAGAGAUUUGGUGUAAACAUUUUCAGAUGAUGUGUGCUGAUCGAUGUUCAUUUUUUAGUAUGGCAGUAGAACGAUUAAGAACAAAUUAA